AUGUCACUGGAUCCGCCUUCGUACCUCGGUUCUCUGCAGAACAACAUUCGAGCGCGGCCAAUUCCUUGGGAAGGUGCUGUCCGCGCGGGCAACAUCACCGAUGAUCACCUCAAGAAGAUUAAGGCGGUGGACAAGGUGCGAAAGGAACAGCGCAUUCAAACGAUAAAGACGGAUCUCGCUGGCUACACAGCUUUACUCGCCGGUGGAUCGCAAUCAAAGAGCGUUUUGGAAUCGGCAUCUCGGAGAACCGAUAUUGUGCAGUACAUUCUGGUGCUGGCCUCGGACCUCAUCCAAGAUGUGCCUGAGCUAGCCGACUCGCUUGUGUCUCAUCCUGAGCCCUACAAGCCCUUCCUGCCCUUCCUGCAUAGUUCCAACAAUGCCGAAGACCCCAUUCCCUUACUCACCUCUACUUUUCUCACGGCUCUCGUCUCACACAGCCUUGUGACUUCAUCGAAGCCUGCGCCGCGAGAUGCAGAGGCCCUCCCCCAACUAUACACUUACCUUUCGACUCUGACCAAGAACUCCGACAGUGGACUCCAGGACAUCGGCGUCCAAGGAUUCUCGGAGCUUCUGCGGAAGAAACAUGCUCGGGAGAUCUUUUGGAAGCAUCGAAAAGAGACGUUGGACCCACUGAUUGAGACACUCCGAACCGCGGCGGGAACCAAGGACAGCAGCGGCAACAGUGUUGCUGGCAAUAACACGCGCAGUAUUGAGCCUGGUCUCGCGGGCGGCGUGGGUCUCCAACUGCUCUACCGCGUUCUACUAGUGAUUUGGCAGCUCACUUUUGAGAGUGAACUUAUUGGCGAGGAUCUUCAAGAGAAUUAUGAAAUCAUUCAACUCUACACCCAGCUUCUCCGCCUUUCACCGAAGGAAAAGACUACACGCCUUCUUCUCGCCACUCUUUUUAAUCUCUGUGACAGCAAUCGAUCAAUCCUUUUGCCCGUCGCUGUUUUUGUCCGACUGCCUGCUCUGUUGACCAAUCUUGCUGGUCGUCAUCUCGUGGAUCCCGAUCUUCUCGAAGAUCUCAACGGACUCUCUACUAUGCUAGAUGAGUAUACCAAGACGCAGACGACAUUCGAUCAAUACGCCGCCGAGGUCCAAUCUGGUCACCUGCGUUGGUCACCUCCCCACAAGAACCCUACGUUCUGGAAAGAAAAUGCCCGCCGGAUCUUGGACGAGAGCAACGGGGCUUUACCCAAGAAGCUGGCCGAGAUUCUCUCCAAGGACUGGGAAAAUGACAAACAAGUUCUGGCCAUUGCCUGCAAUGACGUGGGGCAGUUGGUGAAAGAGCUCCCCGAGCGACGCGCCCAGUUGGAACGGGCUGGUCUGAAGACACGGGUGAUGGAGCUCAUGGCCGACAAAGAUGAGACCGUUCGGUGGGAGAGUCUGCGUGCCGUUGGCGAAUGGCUCCGCUAUACUUUUGACGGAUGA